AUGGCAGACAAGAAGCCAGAACCGAAGCCGCCGCAGGCCGUGGAAGAUAUACCGGACCCUGAUGAAGACGACCUGGAUGAUCUGGAUGAUGUCCUAGACGAGUUUGCGGCCACCAAUAUCGAAGACCCAGCUCCCUCCACCGCACCCGCACCCUCAGGACCAGGACGACCCUCCGCAGCUGCGCCGCCGACAGCACCCUCCGCGGUCGACGAGGAUGACUUCGCGCGACAGCUGCAGGCCGGAAUGGCAGACUUGCUCGGCGAGCUCGAGUCCUCACCCGAGAUGCAGAAGCAGUUUGAGGAAUUAGUCAAGGGGCUUGGAGAAGCAGCAGUGGCAGGCGCAGCAGGCUCGGAAACGGGACAGAUACCUGAGGUCACCGCAUCGGCGGCGCAAGCGCCUACGGCAGGGAAGGAGAAGGCCGGGUCAGCAGCCAAGGCAGCCGAAGACUCGUUCCAGGAGCAAAUACGGAAGACGAUGGACCGCAUGCAGCACUCGUCCUCUACCGCGGAUACCGCCGCUGCGUCGGGCGCUGAUGACCCUCUGGCGCAGCUGCUGAAGGAGAUGGAGGCCGGCAACUUUCCUGGUGCUGAUGGCGGCGGUGACGAGGACUUCAGCAAGAUGCUGUUGGGCAUGAUGGAGCAGUUGACGAACAAGGAGAUCUUGUAUGAGCCGAUGAAGGAGCUGCAUGAUAAGUUCCCGGAGUGGUUAGAGAAGAACAAGGACAAGACAGACAAGGGUGAUCUGGAGCGGUAUGAGGAGCAGCAGAGGUUGGUGAACGAGAUUGUGGGGAAGUUCGAGGAGAAGGGCUACAGUGAUGACAAUGCGGCGCAUAGGGAGUAUAUCGUGGAGCGGAUGCAGAAGAUGCAAGCUGCUGGCUCUCCGCCGCCGGAUCUGGUAGGUGGUAUGAAUGCUGCGCAGGAAGCGCUUGGCGAGCUCGAUUCAGGAUGCCCGACACAAUAA